CUGCCGCUACUGCUGGGAGGAGGAGGCUCUACCGACAUUUCGUGCCUGACAGCCGGCCGGAGGCUCCUCUCCUGCGGGACACGGUUUCAUUCAACCACCAACCGACCUCCGGUGUCGUUAAUUCAGCCGAGGAGAGGAAGAAACGAACCUGCAGCUCGCUUUGUUUGCUUCGCAGGGGUAGACAGAUCCCAUCCUACCCUCACUGACUGAUCGGAGAGGGAAUCUUGACCACGCCGACCGCCUCCAUCAUGCAGGCCUCCAUCCUCCUCCUCCUCUCCCCGUUCCUCCUCCUCUCUCUCCUCCUCCCCUCCUGCUCCUCUCAGGGCGAGUCAGACCUCACCGUUAUGACUCGUACUGGUCGAGUCCGUGGGUUCCGUCAGCCAGUGCUUGAACACAGCUUCGUCACUUCCUUCCUGGGCAUCCCCUUCGCCGAGGCUCCUGUUGGGAAGCGGCGUUUCCGGCGCGCCGAAACCAAGCGCCCGUGGACGGGGGUGUAUGACGCCAUGGAAUACCCCAACGCCUGUUACCAGUUUGUGGACACGUCGUUUCCCGGGUUCCAGGGCAGCGAGAUGUGGAACCCAAACAGACAGAUGAGCGAGGACUGUCUGUACCUGAACGUGUGGGUGCCCUCCUCGCCAAGACCGCACAACCUCACCGUCAUGGUGUGGAUCUACGGAGGAGGAUUCUACAGCGGCUCUUCUUCUCUGGACGUGUACGACGGUCGCUACCUGGCUCACAGUGAGACGGUCAUCGUGGUCUCCAUGAACUAUCGGAUCGGUGCGUUCGGCUUCCUCGCCCUGCACGGCUCCUCAGAGGCUCCUGGAAACGUAGGUCUGCUUGACCAGAGGAUGGCGCUGCAGUGGGUCCAAGACAACAUCCACUUCUUUGGAGGAAACCCCAAACAGGUGACCAUCUUUGGAGAGAGCGCGGGUGGAGCUUCAGUCGGGUACCACCUCCUGUCUCCAGACAGCCGGCCCACCUUCACCCGGGCCAUCCUUCAGAGCGGGGUCCCCAACUGCCCCUGGGCCUCGGUCAGCCCCGCAGAGGCCCGCAGACGAGCCACGCUGCUGGGCAAACUGGUCGGCUGUAACGGCGGCAACGACACAGAGCUGGUGGACUGUCUGAGGAGCAAAACCCCCCAGGAGCUCAUCGACCAGGAGUGGCAGGUCCUGCCGUGGUCAGCCCUCUUCAGGUUCUCAUUCGUCCCUGUGGUCGAUGGCGAGGUUCUCCCCGACACGCCAGAGGCCAUGCUGAGCUCAGGAAACUUUAAAGACACUCAGGUGCUGCUCGGGGUCAACCAGGACGAGGGAUCCUACUUCCUGUUGUACGGAGCGCCAGGCUUCAGCAAGGACAACGAGAGCCUCAUCUCCAGAGAAGACUUCCUGGAAGGUGUGAAGCUGAGCGUUCCUCAUGCUAACGACAUCGGUCUGGAGUCCGUGGUGCUGCAGUACACCGACUGGAUGGACGAGAACAAUGGGUUGAAGAACCGCGACGCCAUGGACGACAUCGUUGGUGACCAUAAUGUCAUCUGCCCACUUGCUCACUUUGCUCGGUCCUAUGCCCAGCACAAUGCCAUGAAGGCCAACACAGGGGGAGCGGGCGGGGGGAUGAACAGCGGAGGAAACUCACAGGGAGGCGUCUACCUGUACCUGUUCGACCACCGGGCGUCUAACCUGGCCUGGCCCGAGUGGAUGGGAGUGAUCCACGGAUACGAGAUCGAGUUUGUGUUCGGCCUCCCGCUGGAGAAGAGACUGAACUACACGGUGGACGAGGAGAAGCUGAGCCGACGCAUGAUGAAAUACUGGGCCAACUUCGCUCGCACAGGGAACCCCAAUGUGAACCAUGACGGCCCGGUGGAGAGUAAGAAGCGUUGGCCCGUGUUCACGCUGAGCGAGCAGAAGCACGUCGGUCUGAACACUGAACCUCUGAAGAUACACAGAGGCCUGAGGAACCAGAUGUGUGCUUUCUGGAACCGCUUCCUGCCACGCCUCCUCAACAUCACUGAUAACAUCGACGAGGCCGAGCGCCAGUGGAAGGUGGAGUUUCACCGCUGGUCCUCCUACAUGAUGCACUGGAAGAGUCAGUUCGAUCACUACAGCAAGCAGGAGCGCUGCACCGACCUCUGAGCCCCGCCCUUUUCACCCCGCCCACAGAGAGAGAGAGCGACGAGGGAGGGCAGAGUGAGCGGUCAUUCCCCUCCAUAGCCCCGCCCCCUCACAGUGAAGUGUGACUUCAUUCGUUGUUUAUGAGUUCAAACUGACGUGUAUUUAUUUAAUUUAUUCUAUUUAUUCAGCCCGUGUCUCUGUGUGUCUGUCCAAGGGCUGUGGAGGGAAGUGAUGUCACAACUGUCAGAGAUCUGUCAUUACCUCGGGCGUGUUUGCGUGUGUGUGUGUGUGUGUGUGUGUGUGUGUGUGUGUGUGUGUGUGUGACGACGUGUGUGUGUGGGUCUCAUAAACUCAUCUUUUGUUUCAGACGAUUCCUUCUUUUUGACAUAUCAGGGUUUUUGUUUCCGUCCUUCAGUCUCUGUCUGGUUGAUGACCACUAAUUCCAUAACACCGGGUGUUCUGCUUCACUUUGCACUGUGUGUGCGUGUGUGCGUGUGUGCGUGUGUGCGUGUGUGCGUGUUCGCUCACAGAGUCACAGAUAUCCACAGGAUAUUUAAACAUGGCGUGUUUUGUUUUCCUGAAAAAUGUUGAAAUAAUCAUCUUUAAUAAUGUGAAGACUCCGAACUACCAAUCAAAAUCUAGAUAUGACCUUUAAAGGUUAAAUUAAAGGUCAAAGAUGGGCGGGGUCUGAAAAUCGUCCACUCCGUGCCCUCUUCAUCUUCCUCACCCUGCUCUCUUCAUCUUCCUCGCCCUGCUCUCCUCGUCUUCCUCACCGUGCUCUCCUCAUCUUCCUCUCCCUGCUCUCCUCGUCUUCCUCACCGUGCUCUCCUCAUCUUCCUCACCCUGCUCUCCUCGUCUUCCCCUCCCUGCUCUCCUCGUCUUCCUCGCCUUUAAUCUUCCUCUCCUCUCUGCCUGUCAUCUUCUUCUUCAUCACUAAUCGUCCUCCACCCAUCCUCCUCUUGCUCGUCCUCUCUUCCUCAUGUCCUUCUCUCCUUCCACCUCAUCUAACUUUUAUCCUCUCCAUCAUCUCUCUCUCACCUCUCUCUCUCCCCCCCUCCGUCCUCUGCGUUCUCGUUAGCCUAAUGGAGGGAGAGUAAUUCACUCAGUGCAGGGUAAAGUGACAGAGCGCUGGCUCAGCCGACAGGACGUGAAGGAUGGAGGGAUGAUGGAAAAUGGAGGAGGAGGCGAGGGGGGAGGAAAGGGGGGAGAUGGAGGAUGCGAGGGGGGAGGAAAGGGGAGAGAUGGAGGAAGCGAGGAGGAGGUGAGGGGUGGAUGGAUGAAGAGGGAGGGGGGAAGGCGAGGGGGAGAUGGAUGAGGGAGAUAGAGGUGGAGAUGUGACGGAGAAAUGAAAAGACAGGCAGAGAAAUGAUGGUUACGUAACUCUGAGGAAGGCUGAAGCUAAAAAGUGAUUUUGAAAACAAAAUGACGCUCAGCGCUCCGGAUGUUUGAGAUAUUUAAAUAUGUUAAAUUAAAGUUACUGAUAUUUAUAAAGUAUAAAAUCCUGCAGGAACAAUCAUCGACUGGACCCCUCCCCCUGAAUAAACAGGGUCACAGUUUUCAGUCAGCAGAGUCACCAAAAUAAAAGCUCAUAAAUAAAACAAAAUCAGGAGUUAGGGUUAGUUAUUUUAUUUUUACUCUUUUAUUCCAAAGUUUAAGAUUUACACGACAAACAGGAAGUGACCGUAAAACACGUGACACUAAAGAGACAUGUUCAUGUGCGUUAAUCGCCUUUAUGUCAUUUUAUUUUGAAAAGACUGAGAUGUCUGCUGUGAACAUUUUUAUUGAACUUUAUUUAAAACACAGACAGAAAAGUGCAGAAACUGAGGUGAGCUUCAUGGGGACUCUGCAGAGUCCAGGAAGUCCUGAAACACGCCGUGUGGUGCGUUUAGAUCCUCGCCGUUCGGCGUGAUGUUUGUGUAAGGAAGCCCUCAGCAGACAAACAUCCACACCUUUUAUUUGACUCUGUGUAGUUUCUCUCGUUGUAUUUGAAACCGUGCUUUUCCCUCAUGGCCGAGUUAACCUCUCCAGACUUUGAGACAGCGACUGAAUGAACAAGGUCAUCCCGUCGUUAUCUGGAGGUCACGAGAUGAUUCAGUCGAGAUCUUUAGCACGAGAACACGGAGCUCGAUCUGAACUCAGCUCUGACUUUGCAAACAUAGUCCUGUUGAACUCAACAUCUUCUCGUCUGAGCUCGAGGAAAACACUGAACAGUCUGUGAGGCCUCAGAACAAAACCUGCAUCCAAAACUGUCUCAUUUAGAAACAGGAUGUAGAAUUAUGAGCUUCCUGCCCGUGUCACAGAAACUGAAAUAUUUGCAGCUUCAUGUAAAAUAAAGACGUCACGUUAGAGCCGACCUGUAGGUCAGGUGAGUCUGACCGUUCAGGUGUAGCUCGUGAGGGAAUAUGUUUUAAUGUUUGAGGACUUUUGGGCGUCUCCUUAAAACGAUCAUUUUUUAAAUGGACUUUUGUAUGAAGGCGGCUCGCUCCGUUUGUUCGCUUCUGUUUUUACCACGUGUGUGUGUGUGUGUGUGUGUGUGUGUGUGUGUGUGUGUGUGUGUGUGUGUGUGUGUGUGUGUGUGAGAACUCUGGGGGCUGAGGUGAAUCUGCGCUGUGAUUGGCUGAAGCGUCUCUGUUGGCAUGUGCGGCAGUGGGUCUCGUGUAGUUUAGCUUUAUUGAACUCAACAUGGAUAAUAAGGAUUGUACCUGACGUCUCAAACACACCUGUGGAGAAUGUGUGCAUGUGUGACUGGCUGUGUGAGUGACGGCUCCUCUCAUCCAAUGGGAUACUCCCCCACCCCCCCCCACCCCCCCUUGCUUAAGCCCCACCCCCUCCCGGCCUCCCUCCUAUCAGAUCCCUGCAUGUCCUGAAGUAUAUCCUGCCAAACUUGGACUGUUAUUUUGUGUAAAGUUUGUACGAGCGUUCUCUCUCCUUUAGUGUCUGUUAGCAAUAACGUCAUGAAGAAUAUAUUUGAUAUUUAAAGCUGUGGUGAUCAAACAAUGAUGACGGAUAGAGGCUGUGUUUUCAAAGCAAUAUAUUAUUCUGAGUGCCAUAAACCUCUUUCUUCUUCUUCUUCUUCGUUGGUGUGAUGAGUUGCUCCUCUUCCUCAUCGUUGUCUUCUUCACUCACUCGUCCUGUUCGGCUUCUGUAGCUCGCCCUGCGUCUCCGUGUGUCAUGAAUGCUGACUUUGUAAAGCUCGAGCAACAGAAAUAAAGAAACCUGCUGCUUCA